UGGUUUCUUCUACUUUUUUUUCUCUACUUCACAAACACACACACUCGUAAUUAAUAUUUCCAGAGAUUCAUGGUCCUGCGUACUGCCACUUAGCUUUCCGGCCGACAAUGAUUUGGUAGAUGUUUUGUCCUGAAUCUUAUCGACCAGAAAAGCCGUAAUCAUUUAUUGAUUCAAAAGUGCGGCUAAGGGCAUUUGUGUCUUCUUAUCACAGUCACCCUUAUUUUUAAACGGUUUUUUAAGGAGCUCUUAGGCCUAACUUGAUCACUCAUACCGGACAAACAAGAAAGCAAUCUUGUCACCGUUUCUCCAUGUCAAUUCUCUAGAGUUUUCUACUGAUCAGAUAAGUGGUAUAGUUCUUGGCUUGGCUACUGUGGUAUCAAAAAAGGAGCUCCCAAAACAAAGGUUGGUUUGUGACAAAAAAACGAAAAAAAAACAAAGAUGGAAGAAGAGAAGUGUUGCAGUGAGUGCAAGACCACCAAGACACCGAUGUGGAGAGGUGGACCAUCUGGUCCCAAGUCACUUUGCAAUGCAUGUGGGAUCAGAUUCAGGAAACAAAGACGGUCCGAGUUAUUGGGUAUUCGUAUUAUUCACACCCACAAAGACUACAAGAAGAUAAAAUCAUCAACAUCUUCACCAUCACUACCACUAUCAAAUGGUGGCGUCUCUACUAAGAAACGACGGAUUCUAAAGGAGGAAGAACAAGCUGCUCUUUGUCUACUAUUAUUGUCUUGCAACUCUGUGUUCGUCUGAGAGAAAAACAGAGGGUAUCUCACUGAAAAGACAGUUUUGUCUUUUAUUUUGUCCGACGCUCUUUGGGCCACCUUUGAGAGGAUAUACUUGUAUAAUUUAACGCACUAAAUUUAGGCCUAUUCUUGUGUCAACGGCCUGGCCCAUACAGAUCAUUGGUCAACUCUUAAAUGAGAUGGAAUUUUAACCGGAUCAUUUCGGUUUUGGCUUUGCAUUGGCUUCGGCACUGGCUGAAGUUAGUUCAGAUCUGAUUCUGUUUAGUACAACCAAAUCUUUUUAAAAUGUGAGUUAAGUUUGGCGUAUUCCAAAAGUCUUUAACUAAAUUUUUC